GCUUUUAUUUUCUUUUUUUUAUUUUAUCAUUUUAUGCGUCGAUAUGCAAAGAGAACCAACUCGUCCGAGUUCACUCGCUCCUCUCUUUUCGUUUAACUCGCUCGACUCAGCUGAGAUUAACCAAUUAUUACUUCAGCCAAAUCAAUUUUGUUUGGUAGAUUGUUUGCGCUCUGAUCCAACCACACAACAAUCACUCAGUUCCAGGUGCAUCUGUAAAUAGUUCAUUCAGUGUUGAACUUGUUCGAAACCAUGAGUUUUGUUUUCAGAGGUACCAGAGGAGAUAUAGAAACUGGGUUUCCGGGACUUAUUCCUGAACGGCGUGCAGUGCGUGUUCAUGCUACUCGACCAGUCAAUACCAACUCCUUAGCUUUUCUUGUCACAGUGCUUUUGCUGUUUAUGAUUCUGAACUCGCACCAAAUGUCUCCCAAUUUUCUGCUCUGGCUGGUGCUUGGGGUGUUUCUGAUGGCAACCACUUUAAGGAUGUAUGCAACAUGUCAGCAACUUCAAGCCCAGGCACAAGCACAUGCUGUCGCAGCUAGCGGUCUUCUUGGCCACACGGAAUUAAGACUCCAUAUGCCACCAUCUAUAGCUCUUGCUACCAGGGGAAGGUUGCAAGGUCUCAGACUCCAGCUAGCACUGCUCGACAGGGAAUUUGACGACCUAGAUUAUGAAACUUUGCGAGCACUGGAUUCUGACAAUGUCCCUACCGCUUCUAUGACUGAUGAAGAGAUCAAUGCUCUUCCAGUCCACAAGUAUAAGGUUUCCGGCCCACAGGGUGUGAACUCAUCGGCGCAGCAGGGUUCUUCUUCAGCCUCAGUUGAGAAGAAGCAAGAUCUUCCAAAUCCACAAACUGGGAUUAAAGACCUCUGA